UAUAGGAGAGAGAAUAUCUUAAGCAAGUGUUUGAUAUCAUCUCAAUAAUAAUAGCAACAGUAACUGCAAAUAUGAAUAUGCUGUCAUUAGUUUUCAUAUCUUUUUUGUUUUUACUUGAAUUCUGGUAUUGCAAUGGAAAUGAUCAUUGUAUUAAAGAAGAGAAAAGUGAUUGUGGUUGUUCAUUACCUUCUCGAAAAAAAGACACAGAUAAUGUUUUAGAUGAUGUUCAAACUUCAAACAAUGUGAAUUUUGAAGAGAUGAGUUUUAUUAAAGGUGGAACAUUUCAAAUGGGGACAAAUAAACCUGUUUUUAUUGCUGAUGGAGAAGGACCUGCUCGAAAUGUUACAUUGACUGAUUUUUAUAUUGAUCGACAUGAAGUUUCUAAUCGUGAUUUUGAAAUAUUUGUACAGACUACAGGCUAUAUUACUGAGGCACAAAAAUUUGGAAAUUCAUUUGUUUUGGACAACUUGAUAAGUGAAGAUACAAAAAAAAGAAUUACACAGGCUGUGGCUGCAGCACCUUGGUGGCUUCCUGUAGAAGGUGCAGAUUGGCAACAUCCAGAAGGUAAAGAUUCUACAAUAAAAGACAGAAUGGAUCAUCCUGUUAUUCAUGUGUCUUGGAAUGAUGCCAUUACAUAUUGUAAAUGGUUAGGAAAAAGACUUCCAACUGAAGCAGAAUGGGAAUUUGCUUGUAGAGGAGGAUUACAUGAUAGAUUGUUCCCUUGGGGUAAUAAAUUAAUGCCCAAAAAUAAACAUUACGCUAAUAUUUGGCAAGGAAAAUUUCCAGAAGAAAAUACUAAAGAUGAUGGUUAUUUUGGAACUGCCCCAGUUACAUCAUUUCCUUCUAAUAAAUAUGAAUUAAAAAAUAUGGUUGGAAAUGUUUGGGAAUGGACAGCAGAUUGGUGGACAAAUCAGCAUUCUGCAAAGCAUCAGAAAAAUCCUUCUGGACCAACUCAGGGUAAAGAUAAAGUAAAGAAGGGAGGUUCUUAUAUGUGCCAUGAAAAAUUCUGUUAUCGCUACAGAUGUGCAGCUAGAAGUCAAAACACGCCAGAUUCGUCUGCUAGUAAUUUAGGAUUUCGAUGCGCAGCAGAUGUUUCCUAAUUAAAUUUUAUAAAUAAAUGUUUUUAAAUAUAAAAUGAAACAACGUUUUAGUAAAUAAAUAAAUACUGUUUGAGUUGUAUUAUUGUUAUGUAUUGCACAAUUUUUAUAAGCAGAUGUAAGGUUUGCCGACCGGGGAGUCUAUCAGGAUCGUCGCGCGGUCACGAGUGGCAAUAACUCUCUGAAA